CGUGCUCCUUCCUUUGUUGUGCUGCUUUCAAGAUGGAGGCACUAUACAGUUUGCCGUUUCAAGUCCUUGAGCUGCCAAACCUAAAGCUUAGGAAGCCAACAUGGAUAAAAGCACCAUCUGCAAUGGCAGUUUUUUCUAUCGUCCUACUUUCAUACUUUUUGGUUACAGGAGGUAUAAUUUAUGAUGUAAUUGUUGAGCCUCCAAGUGUUGGAUCAACAACAGAUGAAAAUGGCCACAGUAAACCUGUUGCAUUCAUGCCAUAUAGAGUAAAUGGCCAAUAUAUCAUGGAAGGCUUAGCAUCAAGUUUCUUGUUUGCAAUUGGUGGACUUGGCUAUGUUAUUCUUGAAAAGGCAAAUGGACAAGGCUUGCCAAGACUAAACCGUUUCUUGUUGCUGUUCUUUGGUUUCUUAUGUGUUAUUGUUCCAUUCUUUACAUUGAGGGUUUUCAUGAGAAUGAAAUUACCGGGAUACCUUGCUUCUUAAGAUGGUUGGACAACAAAGCAUUUCAGGUGUUAGAUUUCAGAUUAACAAAAAAAACUAAAUAAUAGUCAUAGAAAUCUGUAUUUGUUUCAUAAAAUUAUCAAUCAAUCUUUUUAACCAAA